CAAUGAUGAUGGUGUGGCUAUCCUUGCCGCCGUUUCAGUAAGUGGUGUGUUAACAUCUUCUCCCCAGCCUCUCCCGCAUGGAGUUUCGCACUGAUCCUGUAGUUGCAACCUUGGACAUGUCGGAAAGCAACGAGGGCCGAGACGGCAAGUCCUUGGAAGGGGAUGACUACGAGAGUUUGCCACCCACUGCUUCCUUGGCGACGCACAUGACAGCGGGCGCCGUGGCAGGGAUAUUGGAGCACACUGUGAUGUACCCCGUGGACUCUGUCAAGACGCGGAUGCAGAGCCUGCAGCCGGACCCCAAGGCACAGUACCGGAGUGUGUAUGAGGCUCUCUGCCGGAUCGUCCGGACCGAAGGGCUCCUCCGGCCCCUGAGGGGCCUCAACAUCACCAUGAUGGGGGCCGGCCCCGCCCAUGCCCUCUAUUUCGCCUGCUACGAGAGGGUCAAGCGCGCGCUCAGCGACGUCAUUCAGAACGGGGGCAACAGCCACAUAGCCAAUGGAGUGGCAGGAAGCCUGGCCACUGUGCUUCACGACGCAGUGAUGAACCCCGCUGAAGUGGUGAAGCAGCGCAUGCAGAUGUACAACUCUCCGUACCGGGGCCUGUUGGACUGUGUGCGGACGGUGCGGCGCACAGAGGGGCUGGCGGCCUUCUACCGCAGCUACAGCACGCAGCUGACCAUGAACAUCCCCUUCCAGGCGGUGCACUUCAUCACGUACGAGCUGAUGCAGGAGCAGCUCAACCCCCACAGACAGUACCACCCGGCCAGCCACAUCCUGUCGGGCGCGGCGGCCGGGGCCGUGUCGGCGGCCGUCACCACCCCGCUGGACGUGUGCAAGACGCUGCUCAACACGCAGGAGAACGUGGCGCUGAGCUCGGUGCACAUCAGCGGCCACCUGUCGGGCAUGGUCAACGCCUUCAGGACGGUGUACCGCCUCGGGGGCCUGCCCGCCUUCUUCAAGGGCGUGCAGGCCCGCGUCAUCUACCAGAUGCCCUCCACCGCCAUUGCCUGGUCCGUUUACGAGUUCUUCAAGUACUUCCUGACCAAGCAGCAGCUGCAGCGAGAGCCGGUGACCGCGGCCGGGCCCAGCUGAGGAAGGGUCAUGGGGACAGGGGUAGCAGGUACCGCCCAAACCGGGGCGACUUUGAUCCCGGGACCACCUGAGAGCGGGACACCUCAGAACAGAGGUGUUGCUGGGCUUUGCCGUGCUUGUCAGUGUUGUUCUUUUGUCUCUUACACUUGGUCUGUUCACUCCCUAGGAAGCCACUGUUCCAAAACGAAAGAGGUCUCGAAAACUCUCUGAAGGGAGCAGGGCAGGCCCAUGGAGCUCUCCGGGGAGUCUCCAGGACUCACCAUCUCUCACCUCUGCCCAUUCUCUCCCAUGGUCCUCCUUUCUGUUUCUCUAUUUAUUUUUUCUGAGAAGGUGUCCUGUUACAAAACACAUGAAAGCUAAUGAAGUCACACUCCAAAGCUUUUCAUUAGUGAGGAGAGGAGAACGGCAACUUCGCAGGGCAGCAGUGUUUUUUUUAUCUCUAAAUAAUGGCCCACAACACUUUCUCACACUCUAAAAAUGAUGGUCCAUGUAGUGACUCAGUAUGUACUUCUACCACAAUGUUUUGCUUCAUCCGUUUGUUUAUAGAUUGAAAAUGUAGGAAAUUGUAUUUAUUUUACUUGCUUUUCAGAGCUAGCGUUUCAAGGUUUCGGAAGAGACACACGGCUAUUUUUUGUUUUAUUUCCUUGUAUAUUUAUAAGUGACUGUUUAAUUUAACACAUUCCUUAGUCUUGCCGUGCAGCAAACGCGGAACAAUUGUGCUUUAAAAGUGCCUCAAUACUGUGCGCUGCCUCUCUUAAAAAUCUGUGGCCAGAAUUUAUCGCGCAGUUCAACAGUAUCUCUGGCCAUUGAGAGUGCCCCUGUUGAUUCUGUGAAAAAUACAAGUGCACUUUAAGAUGGCAUAAUUCAUAGGACAUGGCACAGUAUUGGUAAGCACAAUUGCCCUACUGUGUGAAAAACUUCCACAUAAAUCCAUAGGUCUGGCCCAAAUUAAACUUAACUGAACCUGAUAACAUUUAUUUAUGCAUUUAAAAGAGAAAUUGAAUAAUAUAACGUUUUAUCCUAAUUCACAGCAGGGCUAUUUAAGCGUUCGUUUGAAGCUGUUUUGCCCCGUUGUACUUUGUGAUGGUACCCAUGAGAAGAACUGACAAAUUCACGCUUUGUUAAAACCACAAAGGGGUGAUUGUUUUAUCAAAGGCUACAGGAGCUGGAGUUAAGAACCAGAACUGGAAAUCAGAGUUGCACUUCCACUGAGCUUGCCAUUCAUCUAAAAACCAGUGCGUCAAGCUUUUGUGACUCUAAACCCCAAUGCAUGGGUGCAGUGGCGAGAAAUCUGACAUUUGUUCUAGUCAAAAGGGACAACAAGGGUGUCGUCUGUCAUAAGUGUUUUCAACACUCCAGUCUUUUCUAUACAGCUUGCACCCCACAGAGCACGCAUGCUAGAAAAGUGUUCUCUUUGUCCCCCUUCCCUUUACAUAGCAAAGCAUUUAGGCCAGCAGGGCCCAAACUCUUUUUUUUGUAUAUGUUGAAAUCACGCACAAUUGUUUGUUACUGUAAAUAAUAUAUUGCUGUAUAGUAUUGCAGAGAAACGUCAGCUUUGGAGGUUUUUGUUGUGAAAGCUUGCUGCAGAGCACCGCAUUAUGCAGGUCCCAAGGUGGUCCAAAAAAGAAAACUUUAAAAUGUCAAUGCUUUAUGCGCACACCAAAGUGGGGUGCAGGUGAUUUAGGCGUAGAUGCCCCCGUUCCACUGCACUCUGAAACAUCUGUGAUGUUUUCCCCCUUCAUGUCCUUCAAUCUAACCAAGUAUCUUCUGAAAUGUUUGUGUGUUGCCUGUACAUAUUAACAGUCAGCGAAGAGCCAUGUAAGUGUGUGUAAUCUGAUCUUGUUUGGGGGGAAUGUGACUGAGCUGCGUCAUGAUCUCACUUUAUUUUCUUCUUGAUCUCCAUGCCUGGGGGAGCCAACCAGCAGGACUUCCAGUUAUUUGAACACUGGUAUGCGUUUCACAGUGGCAUAAUCAAAUUUCAGCUGGUUGGCGCAGAAUACUUGGAUGCGUUUGGUGAGAUUGGGGCCAUUACUGGAUACCGACCGGUUCAGUUGGCAAUGAACAGAGGCGAUGUGGGUUUUUUUUCCAUCUGGUCCAGAUCUUGUCACAAGCACCCCGUGCUCCUGCCACAAUCUUCCCAUCAUAUCAAGCCUGCAUCUCUCCCCUCGGAAGUUGGACAUUCCUUUAAAUAUUGCCAGAUUCCCCACCAAGUUGCAAGUCUUGUUUGUUUGCUUUUAAUUAAAUGCUUUUUUAAUUUUUAAUUUAUCCCAGUGGCGCAUAUAUAGUUUUCCAACGAUCUAACCCAAAACAAAUGUUGUCUUUUCCCCUCACCACUUUCCAGUCCCCAAAAAGAAAAGUUCUGCUUUGAGGUGCUGUGAUUGUGUGAGUACGUUUGUGUCUGUGUGUGCACGCGCACAUGAACGUGUUGUGCUCGCAGAUGUGUAGCUUUAAAAGCGGGGCAGUGAAGGCCAAUGUACUUGUGAACAUUCAUGUUCCAGAGGAUUGAAGCCAGCCUGUCUCCUGAAGCUUCUUAUGGCAGUGAACUCUUUUUUUUCUUCAGGCUCUUA